UGCCUCUGCAGCGUUGAGAGACGGCGGGGAGAGAGCAGCUUUAAUAGGGACUCUCUGGAUCUGGUUUGAGAUAAACAUCUGUUUUUCUUUGGUAAAAAAAAAAAAGAAAGAAAGAAAAAGAAGAGAAAAGAAAAGAAAGAAGGAAAAAGACUUAGAAGCACUUAAAAAAAUAAACAGAUACUCGUAAGGCAUCGUAGUGGGACUGGAUCAAAGCGGGAUAGGUGGAUGUAUCAGAGAGAAGAGGAGGGAGUUUAUGAUCCGAGGCUCUUUGGAAAUAACUCCAACAACGAAUGGAAGCGAAGGAGAAGGAUGCUGGUUUAGGAGGAUGAAUCAUUUGCUUUCAUCUGAUUGAUUUUAUUUGUUGUGGGUGUCUGUCACACCUGAGCUCAUAAAGCCCACCUCGUUUCAGAUAAAAACUAAUUGAUAAAUUCGUUCAUCGCAGGAGGAGUUCCUUAUUUAAAGUUAAGUCUAGCCUCAAGGAAUAGUUUAUAAAGCCUGAUUUCUAUUAAGAAACGUGGAAGCGCUCAGUCUCAUAACAAGCUCCCAGGCUGCUAAUCACAUUUUCUGACCUUCCUUGAUAAAACCCGACAGAGGAUCAUGGCCAUCAACACCGACACCGACUUCCUGAAGUCCACCCUGGGCAGUGAGGGCGGAGGAGGCGCCCCGCCCGCGGACUUACAGGAGACGGAGAAACUCCUGACGGUGACCACCGAGCCCGGGGGCACCGGGAUGAAAAUGUCCACCUCCUUCACAGCCAACGUGGCCGGGGACAAGGCUCUGGAGGCCGACCAGAACGGCCACAGCGUCGCCAUGAGGUCGGGCUCCAUCGGGCAGCUGUCCGCCGCCGCCCCCCUUUCCCCGUCCAGGGCCAGCCUGAGCCGCUCCUCCACCGGGAACGCCACCGUGCCGGAGACCCCCAAGCCCAAGGAUUACCUCAUCCUGGUCAUCCUGUCCUGCUUCUGCCCGGUUUGGCCCGUCAGCAUUGUCGCAUUGGUGUACUCUGUUAUGUCCAGAAACAGUCUUCAGAACGGGGAUGUGGACGGGGCCCGGAGGCUGGGUCGACUGGCUCGCCUGCUGAGCAUCGUCUCCAUUUUCCUGGGACUGCUCAUCAUCGUCGUCUACACCACAGUUCACUUUUCAGCUCUCAACUAACAACCGCGAGGAGAAAA